AUGAAGAUCCAGGAGACGUCUUUACGGCGGGACCCUGACCUCAGGGGGGAGUUAGCCUUUCUCGCCCGGGGGUGUGACUUUGUGCUCCCAUCCCGCUUCAAGAAAAGACUCAAGUCCUAUCAACAGCAGCAAGAGAUUCAGUCCAAACCAGAGAAGAGACCAAUCACCCCUCCGGCUUCACCAGACCCAGUGGAGGUCACGGUCGUCCCGGCAACGCGCACACCCAGCCCUCCCCCUGCUCCGGUCAUCGUCACCCCGCCUCCUCCCGCCAUCAACAUUCCCAGGUUCUACUUCCCCCGCGGGCUCACUGUGAUCGGCUCCUCCCCUAAUCAUGACGCCGCAAUCGCUACCAUCGAGAGCGCCUUCACCGAGUUCGAGGACGAGAAGGCCGACAUUUACGAGAUGGGGAAGAUCGCCAAGGCAUGUGGCUGCCCUCUGUACUGGAAGGCCCCCAUGUUCUACGCCGCAGGAGGAGAGAGAACCGGCUUUGUCUCUGUUCACUCCUUCAUCGCAACAUGGAGAAAGUUGCUGCACAGUUGCCAUGACGACGCCUCCAGAUUCAUUUCUUUGCUGGCUAAACCUGGAUGCAACUUUUUGGAGCAAGAAGACUUCAUCCCACUACUUCAGGACAUAGUGGACACGCAUCCAGGGCUGACAUUUCUGAAGGAUGCGCCCGAGUUUCAUUCCCGCUACAUCACAACGGUGAUCCAGCGGAUAUACUACGUGGUGAACCGCUCGUGGUCUGGCCGCAUCACCACGACGGAGCUACGCAGGAGUAACUUCCUCCAGACGCUGGCUCUGCUGGAGGAGGAGGACGACAUCAACCAGAUCACAGACUACUUCUCCUACGAACACUUCUACGUCAUCUACUGCAAGUUCUGGGAGCUGGACACAGACCACGACCUGUACAUCGACCUCAAGGAUCUGUCCAGAUACAACGACCAUGCUUCUUCUAACAGAAUCAUUGAGCGUCUGUUCUCGGGAGCUGUGACUCGGGGUAACGCCGUGCAGAGAGAGGGACGCAUGAGCUACGCCGAGUUCGUUUGGUUCCUCAUUUCUGAAGAGGACAAGAAAAUCCCCACCAGUAUCGAGUACUGGUACAGAUGCAUGGACGUGGACGGGGACGGCGUCUUGUCCAUGUUCGAGCUGGAGUAUUUCUACGAGGAGCAGUGUGAGCGCAUGGAGAGGAUGGGAAUCGAACCUCUGCCUUUCCAGGACCUACUGUGUCAGAUGUUGGACCUCGUCAAACCAGAGAAUCUCGGGAGGAUUACGCUGAGUGAUCUGAAGCGAUGCAGAAUGGCCCACAUCUUCUUCGACACCUUCUUUAACCUGGAGAAGUAUCUGGACCACGAGCAGAGGGAUCCCUUCGCCAUGCAAAAGGACAUCGAUAGCGAGGGUCCGGAACCGUCAGACUGGGACAAAUAUGCCUCAGAGGAAUAUGAGAUUCUGGUCGCCGAGGAGACUGCAAACGAACAGCUGCAUGAAGGGUCAUUCGAUGAUGACUAUGACUUAGAAGAAAUGCAUGUCCUGGGGGAUAUUGGAAACAAAAUGGAGAAACUUGUUAUUUCUGAUCUCACUGCUUAA